AUGGAACCGUUCAUUUAUCUUACCCAGCUUCGUGUGCUAAUUUGCAAGGAAUGCGGCUUUGGCUGCAUUGCCAACGAAGUACAGUCCCAUCUCAAAGCGGCUGGACACGCGUCGAGAACGGCGCAGCAGCAGAAAUCGGUCGCGGAGGCCGUACAGCAGCUGGACGGCAUUAUACGCUCCCAGCAGCAGCUCCAGGAGACGUUUGCGUUCCCAGAGCCGGACUGGGCGGCGAACCCGCCGGCCGGCUCGUUUCAAGGCCCGGGCCCAGCAGCGACGACAAGGAAAGGAGUACAAGGGGAUGAAACAGGUCUGCCGUGGCGUACGCAGGUCCGCUGCCAGCGCUUGUUUUCCGGGCGGGCGGCAAGUGGCUGGUUCGAGGUGGAGCGGCCAUCAAGCAAGCAGAUCGCGGCCGCAGAAGCGGAUGUAGGAGCAGGCAGCAGCAGCAGCAACAUUGAUAGCACUGGCACCAGCAGCGACACGUGGCAGCUUAUGCUAGCAGCAUACGAUGUCAAGCUGGCGGCAGAAGAGGAGGAGCGGCGACGGAAGGCGGACGGGCCCGGCGGAAUCGAUACGGACUCGGCUUGGGUACGGGAGAUGGGGUGGGCCAGGCAUCUCGAGGGCAAGGAUCUGGUGGUGUUGCACGAUGCUAGCUUGGGCCCGCUGUCGAGGGCCGCGCUGGAGAGGCUGCGUGACAUGGCGGCAGAGGACGAGCAGCAGCAGCUGACACGGCUCGCCGAGAGCUUCGACCAGGAGGUGGCGCGGUGCACAGGACGGCUGAUGCUGGUGCCGCACGAGACGCUGCGGUGGCUGGCCAACAUCGACCCGGGCAAGCCGGCCGGGCGGCCGUUCAGCGUCAAGGAGCACGAGGAGGCGGCGGCGCAGCACAGGGUGCGGUUUUCUGACGCGCAGUGGGGCCGGCUGGAGGCGGUCGCGCAGCUGCUGGACGACGUUGCUAACGACGUCGGUGCUGCCGCCGACAUAGAGAAGGAGGAGGAGCACAACGACGACAACGAUGACAAAGCCGAGAGGCAGGCGCGUGCGCUAGACCGGCUGGUCUUUCUUUUCUAUAUUGGCUCGCUUGAACAGAAGGUGGCGUUUGACGUAUACAUCAACCCACUACUUCACUUUGCCGCCGUGCUAGGGAUCGACAGGCCGCAGCGGGCGUGGAAACAGGCAAAGGACUACACGGGCCAGCUCGCCGGGAUCAUGUGGUGCGGGCGGCUGCUCAUGCUGGAGCACGUAUUCAAGGACCAGCCAGAAGACCCGAGCGAGAUAGACGCGAAGAUGGCCGAGCAGUUUAAGGAGGAAUACCGGCAAUGGCUGGCGGACGGGUCACACAUCCCGUUUAACACGAUGAUCCGGUGGAUGUUGUACGGCAAGGGACACCGGCGGAAGGAGAGCGGCACGGCACGGAUCGCGUGGGAGGAGGGCGGGCAAGCGCUGCGAUAUCUGGGGCAGCGGAUCACGGUACAGGAGUUCAGGGGCACGGCACAGCUUGGCACGGACAAGGCCGAGACGUUACUGGAUGGGCUGUUCUUUGGACGGUGGGCCGAGAUGCGGGCGUCUAUCAACACGAGCCGGAUCGUGGACAGCAUGGACGCAUGGGAGGGCCAAUGGCGUGACAAGGAGAUGGCGGAGUGGACAGCGCGGGCACAAGAUUUCCGGCAGGCGCUUCUGGUGUGCACGCACAUCUGGGGAGGGCAACCGGGGCGUGGGCCAGAGAUCAUGACGAUGCGGCACUGCAACACGCAGCAGCUACUGUGGAACGUGUUCGUGUUCGACAGGGACGUGCUGCUCGUGACAGACCGGGACAAGAACAAAGCGAUCCGGGGCAUUGGGCGUAAGGUGGCGCGGUUUCUGCCGGCACACAUGGGCAAGAUGAUGGUGGCGUACAUGGCGUGGGUGUUGUCGUUCGAGAAGAUGCUGUAUGCACAGGCAGGCGGGGCGAAGGGCCGGUGGGAGACGGCAGAGUUAAGCAAGCAGCUGACGGCGCUGAUGGGGCAACAUAUCGGGGUGGAGCUGACAGUGGCAGAUUAUCGACACGUGACGAUCAAGCUGGGGCGGAAGAUCCGGGGUCUGGUGGUACGACAGCUCGAGGUGGAUAUCAGGACAGCCGAACAGGAUGACAUUAGAGGCGGCGGGGGGCCGGGACAUGAAGAUCCGGUGACAAGCGAGACGCGGGAGCAACAGAAGACAGAGUCCAUCUGGGAUCUGCAGGCGACGCACGGCAGCGCGAUAGCACGGCAACAUUACGCGCUUGACGUACAAUUUCCGGGGCAGCUGCAGCCACAGAUAAUAGCAAACUACUGGGAGAUCAGCCGGUUAUGGCAUGGGUACUUGCAGCCAAGCGGCGGCGGUGAUCAGGAUCGAGACAAUGAUCACAAGAGCGCCAGCAAGAACAAGAAGAGACAAGCCGAGGCAGAAAACGGGGGCAGGGACGAGGGCAGGAAUGGCAGAGGCGGCAAGAAAAGGAAGGUGGGCAGCGUCAGACCCAGCCCGAGGGCUAUAGAGAGGGAAGAUGGCAGGGACAAGAUGGACAACAGCAGCAGUAACAGGAGCUGCGAGACAGGGAUAGACGACGGGCUGUGCACACUGCUAGGCAUCGACGCCCGCUAG